UCUGGAUUAUUAUGAGUGCUGGGCUUUUUCUUCACAUCAAAAAAAGACCAAACCCUAUUUAUUAUAAAUAAAUGGCGAAUCAAACUCGUUGAUCGCAAAUCACUGCAUUUAUCGCACUCCAAUCUCUACCUCCCAGAUUUUGUUUUAAGUGGUAACAUCAAGUCUCAAAAAUGCCAAAAGUUAGAAGAAUGCGAUCCCCGUCUAUAGAUUGCAGCGAAUCAUAUCCCUAUCCUUCCAUCUCCAAAAAUCUUGACCUACCUAGACCUAAUUUUGGAUCGGCUGAUGAAAUGAAAGAAUGGGAUGAUACUAGGUGUCCUAUUUGCAUGGAAAUUCCUCAUAACACUGUUCUUCUGAAAUGUUCUUCUUAUGAGAAGGGUUGCCGACCUUAUAUGUGCAAUACCAGUUACAGGCACUCCAACUGUCUUGACCAAUUCUGUAAGUCGUUUGAUUCUCAUCUCUCAUCAGCAAUGCUGGAAGCAAUUCCUCUCACGAGCACAGUCUCUCAUGAUUGGAAAGCUCAGUCAGAGCCUGGGAACCCCUCCCAAUGUGGGAGCAAGUUGCAACCAAAGCUUAUCUGCCCUCUUUGCCGGGGAGGAAUAUAUGGAUAUAUGGUAUCGGAACCUGCUCGAAGGUAUAUGAACUGUAAAAAAAGGAGUUGUUCUUCUGAGACGUGUGAGUUCCAGGGCACAUAUCCAGAACUUAGGAAGCAUGCUAGGCUGGUGCAUCCUUCUGUUCGACCAACAGAAGUAGAUCCGUCACGUCAGUAUGACUGGUUUAGGAUGGAACAGGAGAGGGACUUUGAAGAUCUUUUUAGCUCAAUCAAUGCAAGUUCUGAUGCAGGAUUGAGCAGAGAAGGCACCAUGUCACCUGUGGCUAUGGUUGACUUGAUGUCCCUUGUCUUCCGUGAAAUGUACUCCUCUGUUGAAGGCAACACUGACUGGAUCGUGUCUAGUGAUUCAAGACCUAGAAUGCCAGUACAGGACGAAUGGUCUGAAGCAAUACACUCGAUACACAUGCCAGCAACGGCAUUGGGUGUAUUGUCUGAAACAAUACACAGGGUAUCAGAUGAUACACACACUGACUGGAUCAUGUCUAAUUUGUUUUCUGAUUCAAUACCUAGAAUGCCAUCACAUGACAGAAGGUCUGAAACUAUGCACAGGGUAUCAAAUGAUACACAGACAAAUCAAUUAGCUAGAUGGAGAUCCGGUUUACCUUCAACACAUCAACUGGAGAGAAAUCAGAGAAUUCAUAGAGCUAGAUGGAGAUCAAACAUUUCGCCUUCCAGGAUGCCUCACAGUCAGAUUGUUGAGAAUUAUUAUAGAGAGUCGAGCCCCAGGGUCAGAACAUCUUCAACAAGAAUGCCUCGAGUUUCACAAGUUCCUCAUACUGAUCCCCGGAGCAACAAUUCUUCGUUUAGAAGGAUUCCUGGUCGUCAUUUGCGUUGGCGCAAUUAAAGAUGGUCAAAAUUCGAUAGCCUACCAUGAGCGGCACUAUAUAUUCUGAUGGAGGAAAUAUCUAGCCAAGAAGUUUUUUUUUUUUUUUUUCCUUCCAUAUAUUAUGAAGGUGAAAUUAUUAUGUAAACAUCAUUUCUUUGGAUGACUUAGUUCGGUGAAAUUGUAUUGCAACUGAUAACUUUUUCCUACAUUUUGUUUUUUAUUGGAAACAGUGCUAAAUGUGAAUGAAUUCAUUCAGCCAUUGAUUAUGCCAUA